UGAUGUGACGUUCUGUAUCGAGGCUUCGAAGCGUGUGUCGAGUAAUGGAGGGGGCGUUUCCGCGAUGCGCGUAUCGAGGCUUGCUUCAUUUAUGGGAGGAGCUGAAAAUGAUGACGUCCGAAGCCUCGCUGCCCGGCUGUACCACGUGACUGGUUCAGGAAGUGGUUCGAACUUUGCCGCGAGCUAUGACAGCGAUAUAAACCCCUCAGACUUCAUUCAAAAUGUGGGUGUUUGAUGGAGAGUUGCGGUUAGUGAGAGUUUGGAGAAAGUUUGGAGGUUUAUGAGAGUGAGGAGAGAAAGUCAGGAGAGAAUGGAGCCAGCUAAGAAGAGGAGGAUGUCCUCCCCUGUGUGGGAACAUUUUGAUUUUAUUCCUCCCAACAAGGUGAAGUGUUUGCUAUGUGCCAGGGAGCUGGGAUAUAACAACAACACCUCAUCCAUGCUCAGGCACUACAGAGCCUUGCAUGAGAAUAAGGGGAACACCGAUUGUGGAGCAAGGCCAGGAGAACAAUCUCCAAUAGAUGAAGACCUGGUUAGCAUGGUGAUUGAGGACUCCCAGCCAUUUAGCAUUGUGGAGGACAAAAGAUUUAAAAGAUCUGUUAAAUCAGUAAAUCCUAGCUAUGUUCUCCCCACUUAAAAGGUCAUAAAAGCAGUGAAACUUUAGUUUUUACAGAAUAAAAUGUGAACAGGCAGGACUGAGCCUCAGUGUGUAGCUGUCCAUACCUCAACGUUACAAAAGCACAACCACUGUCCAUACCCCAACCACACCUCACCUCACAGUAAAUGAUCAUUUCCAUUUUAAGCAUUUCCAAAUAAUCAUUUUCCAUACUGCCAGUAUAAAUAUACACAGCAUACUCCCAUCACUACAAUAUACAUGCUUUACACACUCCUUUUGUUGUUGACAUUUACAGGCUGUGUGCAAAAUGCCACACUCUUCAAAUUCAUGCCAACAAAUAUUUUUACGUCCAGUAGAUGUCCUACUAGAGCAAAUGAAGCUUCAAGACGCUUUGCGCUGGGGUGAACCAAUUGGAUGAAAAGCUUCAGUGCUUCAUGAAGCUUCAUCUGCCCAUCACCAAUAGAAACCUUCCACUUGUGGGUCAUUCAUGGCAAGCUUUCACCUGCGGUGAGAGUUGAAUAUUUCAGCAGUGAAGCUUCACCAUUUAAAGCCACCACAUUUACAGCAACAAAAAAGAGGUAAAAGGUAACAAAUAGCAACCACAGACCUCUCUAAAGGCAAAUGAGAUCUAUUAAGAAGAAAGUCAACAAAAUCUAAGUCUUCAUUUAAAUCUGUGCGUUUAAUUGUUAUUUCACUGGAGUGUAGUUUAGAAACUAAAACAAAAUUAAAAUGCUCCCCAUUGGAUAAUAUCAUGGCAGCAAAAUAAAUGAAGGCAUUUUAAAG